AGGAGAAGCAUUUAAAGAUGUGGACACGUCUCUGUCAAUGCGCAUGAUACUGCGGUUCCACUACUAUGGCACGCUCCAACUCACCUUGAAUCGGCGCACGGCGGCUCUCCUGUCAUUCGGGGUGCGGGGCGUACGGAGGACCAAUACACGCCCCAAAGCCUCAAUCAGCAGCCAAUCCGAUGACAGAAGAGGCGGACCUGUGGCUGCAUUCUCACACUUGGUUUCACUAUGCGCUCGUGAAAACGGCUCCGUCUACUACGAACGCGGCGGUGCAGGUGCUCUGUCUCUUCGGGAGAGGAUGCGGAUGGAAGGACGGGGGAGGGAAGGGAUGAAGGGAAACGCCACGAGGAAAGAAAAUAGGAUAUGAAAAGGGGCUUUCGCUAAGAGACCGUGAGGUGCAAGGUCGAAUAUGAGAGUUCGGUUGAACGGGGCACUUUGCGUGGUAAAAGCUGGUCGGCAAUAGUACUAUGAUUUGGUAUGUGGCCACUCUGAUAGCAAGUGUAUUCAGCACCAGAGGAACGGCCGCUCAAGGUGCCCACGGAGUGAGAGAGGAGCCCCGGUUUGUGACGGCGCGCGCCGGAGAGAGCGUGAUCCUGGGGUGUGACGUGUCCCCUCCCCUGGACGGCCAGCAGCCCCCCUAUGUGGUGGAGUGGUUCAAGUUUGGAGUGCCUAUUCCCUUCUUCAUCAACUUCCGCUUCUACCCUCCUCAUGUGGAUCCAGAGUACACUGGUAGAGCCUCUCUGCACGGGAAGGCCUCCCUACAGAUCGACCCGGUGCGCUCCGAGGACCAGGGCUGGUACGAGUGCAGGGUCCUGAUGCUGGAGCAACAGUACGACACCUUCCACAACGGCAGCUGGGUGCACCUCACAGUCAACGCCCCACCUUCAUUUACAGCGACGCCGCCACAGUAUGUGGAGGCGAAGGAAGGGGGGAGCACUGUGCUUAGCUGCUCUGCCCAGGGAAAUCCAAAACCAAUGAUCAGCUGGCUGAGGGAGGGGGAGGAGCUCGCAUCCAACACAAAAUAUUCGAUACAUGAUGGCAGUCUAACCAUCCUUGCCAUCACUCGAGAUGACAGAGGGGCGUACACAUGCCGAGCCUUCAGUGACCAGGGAGAGGUGCUCCACACUACCCGUCUGCUGGUUCAAGGACCUCCAUACAUCGUCUCUCCACCAGAGAACGUCACUGUAAACAUAUCCCAGAAUGCACUCUUCACCUGCCAAGCGGAGGCGUAUCCCGGCAACCUGACCUACACCUGGUUCUGGGAAGAGGAUAAUGUCUACUUCAAGAAUGACCUCAAGCUCCGAGUGCGCAUUCUCAUCGACGGAACCCUAAUCAUCUUCCGGGUCAAGCCUGAGGAUGCUGGGAAAUACACCUGCAGUCCGAGCAACAGCCUCGGGAUCUCCCCCUCGGCAUCGGCCUACCUGACUGUUCAGUACCCUGCACGAGUGAUCAACAUGCCCCCAGUCAUUUACGUCCCACGGAAACUGCCAGGCAUCAUCCGCUGCCCGGUGGACGCCAACCCACCUGUGACAUCGGUAAAGUGGGAGAAAGACGGCUAUCCUCUCAGAGUGGAGAAGUACCCCGGUUGGAGCCUGAUGCCAGACGGAAGUAUCCGAGUGGCGGAGGCCACAGAAGACUCCCUGGGCACCUACACCUGUGUGCCUUACAACGCCCUGGGUACCAUGGGCAUGUCCCCCCCUGCCACUUUGGUGCUAAAGGAUCCCCCUUACUUUAAUGUGAGGCCUGGGGGGGAGUACCGUCAGGAGGCUGGGAGAGAACUAGUUAUUCCCUGUGCUGCUUCUGGAGACCCUGAUAUACCAAGCAUCACCUGGAGAAAGGUGGGGAAGCCAAGCAAGAGUAAGCACAACAUCCUACCCAGUGGCAGCUUACAGUUUCUGUCCCUCAGCAAGGAGGACCAUGGAGAAUGGGAGUGUGUAGCCACAAAUGUGGUCACAAGCAUCACUGCCAGCACGCGAAUCCUAGUCAUCGGCACCAGCCCGCACGCUCCCGGAAAUAUCCAUGUAUUACCCUCAACAACCUCUGCUAAUGUGUCCUGGGAACCAGGAUAUGAUGGCGGCUUCGAACAGACGUUCUCUGUGUGGUACGGUCCAGUGUCAAAGAAAACCGACUUCGGUCCUCACGACUGGCAUUCGAUGCCAGUUUCUGGUGCUCAGACCUGGUUGGUGGUGCCAGGGCUGGAGCCUGGGACAGAGUAUCAGUUCAGUGUGUUGGCACAAAACAAAUUGGGCACGGGCCCAUUCAGCGAAGUUGUGACAGUCAACACUGCAGGCUCUCCUCUAGGUACCCCAGAACCACUGGUGCUUCUUACUCCACCACGGUGCCUCACAGCUAAUCGCACGCAGCACGGUGUCCUCCUCACAUGGCUUCCCCCCGCCAACCACUCCUCACCCAUCGACCGUUAUAUCAUGGAGUUCCGCCUCGGGGAGAGGUGGGAGGUUCUAGAUGACCUGAUCCCGUCCACUGAGACUGAGCUCAUAGCCAGAGACCUCGUUCAGGAGUCCUGGUAUGAGUUUCGAGUGAUGGCUGUCAUGGAUGACCUGAUCAGUGAAAGCAGCAACGUAGUAGGAGUGUCUAGCACAGAUCCCUUCCCCCCUGCGGAGUUACCAGAAGAGGGGCUGGCGCGGCCGGUGGUGGCGGGUGUUGUGGCAACUAUCUGUUUUCUGGCAGCGGCAGUACUGUUUAGCACUCUAGCAGCUUGCUUUGUCAAUAAGCAACACCGUCGCAAACUCAAACGUAAACCAGAUCCGCCCUUGUCGGUGACACACUUCAGGAAAAGCAUUGAGUCACCGCCUCCUCUCACCCCCUUGCCAGGGGUAGAGCCCUGCUGGGACGAGCCUGCCAGGAGCAGUUUCUUGCCCCCGCCUGCCAGCCCCCUGUUAUCAUCUGGGAAGAUAAGUCCAGAGAGCUCUCCUCUGUCUCGGCCCCGCUCUCUUUCUUCAGAGGGUUCCCACGGCCCGGGCCUGUACGUCAGGAAGCUGCCCAGCCCUCAAAGAGAACGGGACAAAGAACUCUCCUUCUACAAGAAAACCAAGCGUGCCAUAGCCAGCAAGAAAUACAGUGUGUCCAAGUAUGAGGCGGAGGUCACCACGCCUAUCGAGCUGAUAAGCCGCGGCCCCGACGGCCGCUUCGUCAUGGACAGCCCACCGCCCCGGCGCAUCCACGGCUUCCCCUUCGCAGAGGAGUCUGACAUGUACCCUGAGUUUCGGCAGUCUGAUGAGGAGAAUGAUUUUGACCCCGGGCCUCUGCCGCCUAUCAUGCCCACGCUGCGGCCCCAGCUCUCCCCAACGUCCUCCAGCCUGGAGUCAACGCAACCCCCCACCUACAGCCCCCGCCUACACAGGGCCAUGGAAGGUAUGAGCUUUGCAGAGGGCAGUGCACUUCACGCCUCAGGGCAGGCCCCGACCUCCCGCUACAGGGGCUUUCCCCAGGGCCCAUUUUAUGGGUAUCUAGGCAGCCGCAUUGAUUCAGGGAUUCCGCCACCAUUCUACAUGCCUGACAUCAGCCCGCGUAGCUCUGCUCUAUCCUCCCCCCCAGGCACUGCCGAGGGGCCCUUUGGUUACCCCUCCAUCCCCGAGGAGAGUGGAGAGAUGGAGCACCAUCAGUACACUGCCUCUGGCCAUUCUCUGUCUCACACACACAGCCCUACUCCUCGCUCUCCUGAAAGCUGGCAGCCUCAUGAGUUACCCUUCCUCGGUCUAGAGGGUCCACGGUUCAUAUACCCCCCUCACCAUCCCUUACAUCAUCCCCAGGACCUCCCUGAUCCACCCCCAUACCCUCCUCACUCUCUUCCCCCCAGUCGUCUGCACCUCCAGUCCCUAAAGGAUCCAACAAGCCCUGGACUCCUGCAGCUGGAGGUCCCUGUGGCUCCCCCAGGCAGAGACAGGUCCCUGGGACCUCCGGUUAGGCGUUUAGCUAUGCAACAGGCCCAGAGUCUCGGCCAGCUCAGACACACGUCCCACGGUGUGGGUGUACCAGUGUUGCCUUACCCUGACCCGGCAGCCCGUACAGGGAGCCCAAGCACAGCCCCCAGUAGUAGCCCUCAGUCCUGGCUCAGCCCGAGGGCGGGGCGCCGGGCAGACCCCAGCCUACCCCCGCUAGUACUCCAGCCCUCCCGCCUCUCUCCGCUCUCCCAAAGCCCCCUUAGCACCCAACCGGGUUCCCCAGAUAUACUAGUGCGACCCCCUCCGCGCCCCAGCAUCCUCCGCACCUCUCGGUCUCUGGAGAUGCCUGAAAUCACCCUGCAGCCCUCUGCCACUGUCAGUUUCUCCCGGAGGUCCUCCCUGUCCGCCUCUCCCCCUCAGAGCCAAGGCGCCAGGCAACCCAGCCCCAGUUACCACGUCCACAUGUCCUAUGCCUCCACUGCAGCCAGUUACCCCUCCCAGUCCCCCUCUCCCCCUCUGGAGGGCAGGGAUGUUUUCGGGCAGAGGCCAUCCCAGAGAAGGACAGAGGAGGAGAUGCUACCCUCAGAGCCCUCUCAGCUCCAGAUAUCAGCCUCAGGGGAACCUCUAGGUGCGUCUAGUGAUCCUGCCGGGUCUGAGAGCUUACCAGCACUGCUACACCACUGUAUUACUAAAGCCAAGGGAGAGGCUGCCAACAACAAUAACAACACAACCUCCGGAAGGAGAACAGGUGUGUGUCCCUCUCAGACCCAGCAGCAAUCUCAGACACCCCAAGAGGGAGAGGAUCUCCACAGAAAGAGGAAAAGACAGAACAAGAAAAAAACCUAUCUCUAUUUGACCUCCUUCCUGCACCGCAGACAGUCAGAGGAGGACCAGACAGGCAUACUGGCCAGUGGAGACUCCGAGGGCCCAAAUUAUGGGACUCUACGCUGACCCGUGUGCCCACCAAGCCAUCGGACUCGACUAGACUCACCUUCCCUGAAGAAAAGAAGAAAAAAAACACCUCAGCCCUCUCUGCUCCACCCCAGUCUCUAGCUAAUACAUUUAUUAUAAUCUUUCAAAGUUCAUCUGUGUUUAAGGAGCGGGAAACAUCCAGCUGAAUACUCCAGGGGUCGGACAUCUUACUUGUAAGUGAAGACAAGAACAAUGGCUUUUCUGAGUUGUCACCACUACUUAUCUCUGAGGACUUUCACUUGAAAAUGCUCUGAAAAUAUAUAAUGUACAUAAAUAGUAAAAACAAGGGAAUUAAGCUUCUUCCUACAGUAAUAAAAAUGUGUUGGUUGAGUAUGUGACAACACGUUAACGAUUUUUCACUCACUGGUCAUUGAGGGGUCCAUAUCUUUAGGUUUUUCAGUGAUACAGUGUACUGUGAAGCCUGGUGCGUCCUCGGACAUGGACAUGAGUCUACCUUUCCUACAAUACAAAUAGUGUCAGUAUUUAAACACAGGGUUCUUACCACAAGAUAUACCUCAGAGUAAACGCAAAGUUGCUGUAAUUCUUGUGGUAUACUGUACGUACUUGACGUUUUCUUACAUAAUGAAACGUAUGGAUAAAAAGGUUUAUAUCACACUCCGCACUCAUUCAAACAGAUAAUAUGGCCUAACUUGAUCUAAUUUAGAAGCUUUUUAAUAUGAGUAAUAGCUGGCAUCUCGUGUUUAUUUUUAUUUAUGAUCCAAUGCCAACCACUAGAGGACUGUCUUAAUUGUAGUGCUAGAUGACUCAGUGGGAUUACACGCUAAUCAUUAUGGCAACGUAUUAAGAUGAAGACAGUAGCCUCCAUGAGAACUCUCAAAACAAUUUGGGAGAACAUUGGUUGGAGUUGUAGGGUCAGAACAACAGGGUGAUGAAUUGUGAAGUGUUCUGUAGUAUGCAUUUCAGUCUUUAGGAGUCAUUUGUGAAACGUGGCACGUCUCGAGGUGCCUUUUAUUUGCCUUUUCUCUCUUGGUUAUUCUAACAUAAACUGCCUUUACCUUCGCCAUCCCAUGUUUGUCUCUUUGGGGGCGGAGUGAGGGACUAUAAUACUAUGUGUGUUUUUACUUUCUCUGCCAAGGACACAUGAGAGAAAAUGCGACAGAAGAUGCAUAGCUCUUGUUUUUAUUUCAUUUCUUUUUUACAUUUAUAUUUGAAAUGGGUACCUGCUUCAACUGUGUACAUCCAAGUAAUAGGACAGCACCAGAUACCCAUGCAAAGA